GGGUCAAGUUUGACGCAGGUGGCGUCGUCGUCUGCUGCUGUUGCUGCUGUGUUUGGCUCACAGCCCCAGUCCGGCUGCAGAUGCUGGUAAAGUCUGCGAGCGUGAGUCUGCGAAUCUGAGUGCGAGUCUCUGAGUUGUUGGACUCGCGACCGGCGUGACUCGUGACUGCUCCUGCCACGGAUACAACGCUCCUCAUGGAUCUGCCUCUACGUCCAUAGCCGUGUGCCGGCGAGCAUGCGAGUGGGUGACUGAGCGAGUGAGUUAGCGGGCAAGUGGGUGACUGAGUGAGUGAGUGGGCGAGUGGGUGGGUGACUGAGGGAGUUAGCGAGUGGGUGAGUUCGUGGGCGAGUGAAUGUGUGAACGAACGGGUGAGUGAAUGUGUGGUUGAGCAGGCGAGCGAGUUGUCGGGCGAGUGAGCGGGUAAGCCAGUGAGUGGUUGAGCACGUGAGUGAGCGAGUGGGUGGGUGAGCGAACUGCCGGAUGUAUCGGCCGAGCCUCGCCACGUUCCUGUGCUCCGCGUCUGGCCCGGCAUGGCCCGUCCCUCGCCUGCCACUCUGGCACGCGGCCUCCAUCGACAUGAGGAUGAGUGAUUCGCCAGACGCUGCUAAACACACACUGGAUGGGCAGGAGGGCAGCCCAGGUCUGUGCUGGACCCAGGAGCCGUUCGCUACAGCUCAUAUCCCCCUCCUGCUGCAACAGCAGCAGCACAGCCAAAACCACCACCAGCACAGUAAGGAGCGGAAUGGGCUGGACUUCCACCGGCAGGUCAUCACUUCCGCACAGGCACAGGCCAUCCUGGGCCACUUCCAGCAGGUGCAUUUGGGUGCUGCAUUACAGACGGCCGCCGCCGCACAAUCACUCCAGUCGCCGGCAUUAAACCUGCAGCUGAAGUCGGAUGAGCUUGCGGAGCUGAAGCAGGUGUCACAGCAGCAAGCCGCCAUGCUGCAACAAGCGAUCCCACAGGCACAGUUCAUGCUGUCUGGAAACCAGAUUACAGGGCUUGCCCUGCUGCAGCAGGCCCAGGCACAGCUGAUAGCAGCGGCUGUGCAACAGUCGGCCAAUCAGCAGCCGGUGUCGUCGUCGGCUUCCAUGGGCACGGCAAGCAGCGCCGCAAGCGCCCUCGCGUCGCUACCUCUCACCCAGUCCAUACAGCUGCAGGACUUGCAGCAGCUACAACCCCAGAGCCUGGGCCUGCAGCAGUUUGUGCUGGUGCAGCCGGGCUCAGCGCUGCCCACUGGUCUGCUGCUGUCCCAGUCACAGCAACAGGGACUCCAACAGAUUCAAAGUCUUCAUCUACCUCAGCAAUCUCAAACCAACAACAUGCAACCUCAGGGCACCAUCACGCUCACACAGGGAUCGUCCGUCCAGGGCGUGGGGGGCCGGGGGGCCCUUGGGGCGGUUCGCGUUCCCCCGCACCACGGGCCCCCUGCACACCAGGCCGGCGGGGGGCCCCCCAAGCGGAGCGGGGCGGAGGGGGGUGGCUCGGUGCCGAUGGAGGAGCCCAGCGACCUGGAGGAGCUAGAGCAGUUUGCCAAAAUGUUCAAGCAGCGGCGCAUAAAGCUGGGCUUCACACAGGGUGACGUGGGCAUGGCGAUGGGCAAGUUCUACGGAAACGACUUCAGCCAGACGACCAUCUCUCGCUUCGAGGCCCUCAACCUGAGCUUCAAGAACAUGUGCAAGCUUAAGCCACUGCUCGAGAAGUGGCUAAAUGAUGCAGAGAACAUGUCGUGCGACCCCGCUGUGUCGAGUCCCUCGGGGGGCUACGAUGGGGGCCAGGGAGGGGGGGCCGGGGGACGCCGCCGCAAGAAGAGGACGAGCAUCGAGAACAACAUCCGCGGGGCGCUGGAGAAGAGCUUCCUCGAGAACCCGAAGCCCACCUCGGACGAGAUCGGCCUCAUCUCCGAGCACCUCAACCUGGAGAAGGAGGUGGUGCGAGUGUGGUUCUGCAACCGUAGACAGAAGGAGAAGAGAAUCAACCCCUCCUCUAUGUCCUCCUUCUCCAGCCACAGCCCCGGGGUGACGAGCCCCGUGAGUCUGGUAACAAGCAGCCCUCCCGUGCCACAGACCGUGAUCCUCUCCGCCAGCCCCUCGCUCUCCACCCUCAAGCUCUCCGCGAGCGACAUGGCCUCGGUGCUCAGCGGCGUCUCCGACCCGGCCAUCUCAUCCCCCUCCUCCGUGGGCUCCCCUCCACUGGCGGGCACCGUCGCCACUUCAAGCGACUCGCUGGCUCUGUCGCUGGCUCCUUCCACCCCCUCCUCCUCCGGCGCCGCCAUCCUGCCGGCGUCCACGCCCUCCCCGUCCUUCCUGCCCUCCACCCAUACCGUCUUUUCCUCACCGGUGCCCGCCAGCGCCAUGUUCUCAUCCUCCGCGUCGCCCGCAAUGCACGGCGGGGCGGCGCACGCCUGCACCCACGGCUCGCUGGGCCCCGGCGGCGGCGGAGGAGGCGCUCAGACCAGCACCCCGGCCACCUUCGCUAACAGCCUCCUGUCCACGGCGCUCAGCAGCAGUGGCACGCACGGCAGCGGCGGUGUGCCGAUCAGCAGCGGCUGCUCGUUCGUCAUCACCCCAACCAGCUGCAACCUCACCACAUCGGCCGCCAGCCUGCUCUCUGGCUCGGGACUGCUCUCUUCGCUCGGCGGCUCGAGCAGCACCAACGGGGGGCCCGGUGGUGGUGGUGGCGUCUGUGGCGGCGGUGGCGGAGGACUGCUGGGCUCGCUGGGGGGUGGCGGUGGGGGGCUCAUUUCCGGUGGGCAGAUGCUGGCGGGAGCCGGAAACGCGGGGCUGGUGAGCCCUUCGCAGCUCGCGGGUGGCACUCUCUUGAGCAUGAGCUCUGGGCUCGGAGGAGCGCUCAACCCAGCUCUGCUCACUAACAACACGCUGGCUACCAUACAAGCGUUGGCAGGCAGCGGGGCGCUCUCCAUGCCGUCGCUGGAGCCGGGGGGCGGGCUGGUGAUCACGGGGGCGGGGGGCGGGCGGGCGGGGGGCCCUACAGGGGGGAGCGGCCUGGUGUCAGCUCCCCUCUUCCUCAACUCGUCGGGGAUCCCGCUGCUCUCCAUGUCCGCCCCGUCCCCGCUCGGCUCAUCCCACAGUGCCGUGCUGGCACUCGCCAGCUCGCCCAGCGCCGCCCUCAUGGCCUCCCACAACGCACCGCACCCCAACUCCCAGAGUGCAUCGCUGCCCGCCUCCCAGAAUGCACCACAGGGGAGCCACGGGCAGACGAAGGCCUAGAGCGGCCCCCCCCCCCCCCCCCCCCCCCACCUAACCAAAGGCUACAGUGACUGCAUCUCUACAGGCCUCAUCUCCAACUCCUAAAGACUGAGAAACAAAGAAAUUCCAAAAAGGAUCUUACACCAAAGGCUAAUAAAUAACUACUACUACUGCUAAUAAUAAUAAUGAUAGUGAUGAUGAUGAUGAUGACGAUGAGUGUGUGACUGUAACUGCACAGGCCGGCGCGAGACUUCAUGUGGCACUGUCAAGGCCGGACGUGCGGACUCGGCGCUACCGCCCCCCCCCCUAUCCCCCGUUCCACCCAACCUCCCUGGCACCCCCACCACAAUGGCCCAGUCCGCCCCCGGUACCUCGUGGGGGCCUUGGCCCCUCCCCCACCUUUCCCCCCCCCCCUGCAAAACCAAAGGCAGACAAGUGAGGGGGUGAUGGUGGGGGUGCCAGUUGGGGGGCGGGGGGGCCCGCAGCAGUUCGCCGGGUGAGCGUGCUGUCGAGCGUACGCGUUUUUUGUCGUGCGUCGUGCGGUGUAUUUUUUGUUGCGUCGCUCGGCGGUCUCGACCUCGCAGAACACAAAGUCGGUGAAAAGUUGCGACGACGCUCGCGUUCGUUUUCGACGCUCGGCCCGCCGUUGCUGCCUCUGCCGUUGCCGCCGCCGCCGCCGUUGCCGCCUCCACGCGCGUUUUAAUUUGGGACGUCGGGCGAAAAACCGCGGGUUACCUCCGCGGACUACCUUCAUAUCAUUCCACGUUUUUUUGUAACGCUGUUUAGUUUUUUUUAGAGAGAGAGAGAAGCCGGUGAUUGUGUUUUGUUCUGUCUGUCGUUUUAAUUUCCAUCGCUGUGUUUUGGAAGACUGAGUACCCUGGUUGUACGUCGAUAAUGCCAAAUCUUGACGACGGGGUGGGGUGGGGCAGGGUUUGGGGAGGGUUUAAGAUAAAAGUGGGAAACCUCGGGGAAAAGAAUGAGAGGAACGAAAAGACGUCGGCGACUACGUGACGGCGGACGAUGACUACGAGUAGGAAACGAAGUCGUUCCUGGUCAAUGUGGAGAGUUAAUUAAUCAGUAAACCACUGCUUUAACUGAACACAGCUGUCAACCAAAAGUCGCGAUGUACAUUGCGAGAAAUACCUCAUUGCUGCACACAACGUGAUUGCGUGCCGCCGAGCUUUAACCGAGAACUCGAACCAGCUCCUAGAUUAUUAUUCUAGCUCCUAGUCGAGUAGACAAGGGGGGUGGGUGGGUGGGUGGGUUGGGGGGAGGGUUUGGGAGGUUUAAACGUAACAAAGGAGAGAGAGAGAAAAAAUAUAAUGAAGCUUAAACAAAGUCACUAAUUUAAACAAAAAAAAGCUUUAAAUUAAAUUAAAAGACAAAAAAAUGAACGGGCCAAAACUUUUUUCUACGAGCUUUUAUGAUCACCAAAGGAAUUCAGUGCAGUGGGUCGGCCAAAUGGAGGGGUAAGGGGGUCGUGCUGCGACCCCUCGUUGACCUGCCGUGUUCUUCCCAUCGCGUGACCUCCAUGACCUCGUCACGUGACCUGUGUAUGUUUUUUUGGGUGUUAGAGUGCAAUGUCGGGGAGAGGGAUGAUGAUUGGACUUUGACAGCCGGCGAGGGGGGGUCACACCCCCCCCCUUCCCCUCCCCCCCUGCGUCCGCCCGGUGGGGAGGGAGUGGGGGGGGGUGCAGAGGUUUUUGCUGCGCUGCGGAGAGAGAGAGGGAAUGUAGGAGGGGGCUCGAGUGAGGCCCCCCCCCCCGGCCCCCCCCACCCGCCCUUCACGGGCACGGGGAUCGGCUGUCGCCCGAGCUCUCUCACUCGUGCAUCUGACUGUAACGGAGUUUUUAUUCUUAGGAUUUGUACGGUGAUUGAUUCUUUCUACUGCUGAAUACGUAAGACAGCACACUAACCCGCAUUAUUAUUAUUAUUACUGUCGUCGUCCUUAACUUGAGACCAAAAAAAAACGAUCCCGCAGUGGUCCCCCUGUACCCUGAACCCCCGGGGCGCCACCGUUGUCACGUGGUGGGUGGGGGGGGUAGUGGUGAGAGGGGUCCCCCCCCCCUCAUGGCCCGGCCACAUCACGGGGGAGGGGGCGGGGGGGGGGGGAGAUCCCCACACAACCAAAGACUGGCUCGACUCGCGCAGCCGGGCCGGGCACCAACCCACGCUCCCCCCUCCUCCCCCUCCCCCACCCCGCUCCUCGUCCGGGCGGUGUCGCCCUGGGGCCAUCCUGGAGCCACCUUGGGGCCACCUUGGGGCCACCUUGGGGCCACCUUGGGGCCACUAGGAAACCAACGGGGGAGGGGGGGUCACUCCCAAGCCACUGGUGGGGGGGGGGGGGGCAACGUGGAGUCACUUAAAGAGGCCACUUUAGGCCACCUGGUGUCACGUUGGUGGACCACGAUUGGGCUGUAAGAGGCCGCGCGAGGCAGGGCCCUGGGGACUCUGUGGGCCGUGCGGGACUCGAGCGAUUGAGCGAGAGGCGGAGAGACCGGGCGGGGGGGGGGGGAGCGAGGGGGCCGCAUGGCUCCCAGACGAGGGAUGGCCUCUCGUCCUCCGCUGCUCACCGUGCCCCUGUCGGUGUGGGCCCUGAACCCUGACCCCGAUCCCGGUGUUGUUUGAAAGGUCCCAUCUUGGGUGGGUGGAUUUGAUCUUUCAGUAUUUGUUGCAAGACAUGAAACCGAGUAGGCUGUUUUUUAAUGAUUUUCUUUUGUGUUUUUGUUUUCCUUUGUACAGUACAGCACAACAUUUCAGUAAUGGUUUUUUGUGUAGUAGUAAUAAUAUUGCCAAUAUGGGAUAAGAUUAGCUUUAAAGGAGUGAACUGAACUGCAGAAUGAACCUGGGCUGGGCUCUGCCGCCCGGCCGCGUUCCGUACCAAAGCCGUCGCUCUGUAAUAUUCCUCGUGGGUUCUUCUGUCAGAAACUGUGACUUGGGUUUAUCCUUCGUGUAGCUGAACUGGCGUCAGUCCCGACUUGUCAAAUACCUCAUUUAUUUAAAACAGCUAACCAAAUAAAUAGCUUUAAAAAAAAUUGAAAAUAAGUGAAAAAAACGAGUAAGUGAAAAGGGGAAGUCCCUUGUGGCAGAUCGGCGCGGGCUCCUCGGAGCCGCCACGGUGCUGGAGGGGGGGGGGAGCAAAGACGUGAAGAGAAAAACCAAAGAUCUCAAAAUCAAAAACUAAAAAAUACAAACGAAGCGAGUGAAUGUGGGACGAUCAUCGACCGCGCGGGCCCCUCGCGGUCUGGUGCUGGGGCGCCCCCCCCCCAUCCUCCUCGCUCCUGCCCCCCCUUUGUCCUGCUGGGGGGGGGGGGCGCGGGGCGCGCGAGAGAGAGAGAGCUGGGGGUGGGGGGCCCUCCAGGGCCACGCGUUCACUUGACAAUUUGCGACCUCCCGUGGCGACCCCCCGCUUUGCCGCCAGAGCCGGCAGCUUCCAAGAGGGCAUGGGGGGCGGGUCGGGUCGGGGCGGCAGCCAAACGCUGCUGGGCCCUUGGCAGCGAUUGUCCCCCCCCCCCCCGUUGUCUGCGGGUUUUUUUGUGUUUUAGGCGUUGGUGGGGAGGGGGGAAGCGGCCCCGUCUCUCCUCGCUGACGUCCAACUCGGCAACAACGGGAAUGCCGCCGCCGCUCUGGCGCGAGGUUUGAGCCUGGCCCGCUGCCCCCGGGGUCGAUUGACUCGAGAGAGAGAGGGGGGUGGGGGGGGGGUUCGCCGGUGGCUGCCACGAGGGACGGGGGCUAAGCUGGCGAUUUGGAUUAACACACACACACACUCCCGUGGUGCUGGGACCACAGACCACCCCGCGAGUGGGGGGGUGUGCCCCCCUCCCCGAGCGGGCUCGGCACAGCCCCCGGGGCAGGGGUACCCCCCCCCCACCUC